UUCUCUUACUGCUUGUUUGUUAGCGGGAAAUGUCUUAAAAGGGAGAACAAGAAAUUCUUAUGCUUGGUUUUGUUAUUGAGUGCUUGAAUCACAGAUAGAGCGAGUAAUAAUACUUACAGACUAGUGUUUAAGGGGAAACAAGUUGAUGGAAUGACAUAAAAUUAUAUGCUUGAAUAAGUAAUGGAAGAAAUCUAUCACAAGAGGGAUGAUUUCUGGUGGUGGUUCUUAUGGAGGCCUUGACUUACAAGGAUCAAUGAGAGUUCAUCAUCAUGCACAACACCCACAUAAUAUACAUCAACAUCACCACCCUAACCCUCGCCAAGGAGCUUCUGUAAACCCUUCUAUUCAUGAGGGUUUUCCGCUCACAAUGGGGACCAUGCAAAACUGUGAUCAAACCAUUGCGAUGACAGAUUACAAUAAGGGAGAGAGAAGGAAAAGUUCAGUCAGCGAUGAGAUGAAACCGAGCUAUACAGAGGAGGGUGUCGAUGGUCACAAUGAUGGAACUAAGGGCAAGAAGGGAUCUCCAUGGCAGCGUGUGAAGUGGACUGAUAAAAUGGUGAAGCUUCUAAUUACAGCAGUGUCUUAUAUAGGAGAGGAUGCAGCUGGGGACUGUGGUGGUGAAAAGAGGAGAAAAUUUGCAGUUUUACAGAAGAAGGGUAAGUGGAAAUCAGUGUCGAAAGUCAUGGCCGAGAGGGGCUAUCAUGUUUCACCUCAGCAGUGUGAGGAUAAGUUCAAUGACCUGAAUAAAAGGUAUAAGAAACUAAAUGAUAUGCUUGGUAGGGGCACUUCUUGUCGGGUUGUCGAAAACCCAGCACUUUUGGAUGUUAUAGAAUACUUAACAGAGAAAGAAAAGGAUGAUGUUAGGAAAAUUUUAAGCUCAAAGCAUCUUUUCUAUGAGGAGAUGUGUUCUUAUCAUAAUGGGAAUAGAUUGCAUCUACCUCAUGAUCCACAAUUGCAGCGUUCCUUGCAGUUGGCUCUUAGAAGUAGAGAUGAUCAUGAGAAUGACGAUGCAAGGAGGCAUCAGCAUGAUGAUCUUGAUGAUGAUGAUCAUGAUAUGGAAACUGAUGAUCAUGAUGAAUUUGAGGAGAAUCAUGCUUUGCAUGGGGACAGCAGGGGAAUGUAUGGGGUGUUAGGGGGCUCUGCAAAGAGGUCAAGACAAGGUCAGGUCCAUGAAGAUGCUUGUUUCCAGAAUUUGUUAAACUCCCAGGACUGCAACAAAAGUUCUUUUUCAUAUCCACCAAUCACCCAAGCUGAUAUGAAUCAAGUCCUACCUGACAAUACGAGAGCUGCUUGGUUACAGAAGCAGUGGAUUGAGUCUCGCUCACUUCAGCUAGAAGAGCAGAAACUACAAAUUCAAGUUGAGAUGCUAGAAUUGGAGAAACAACGUUUUAAGUGGCAGAGAUUUAGUAAGAAAAGGGAUCGUGAACUGGAAAAGAUGAGAAUGGAAAAUGAGAGGAUGAAGCUUGAGAAUGAGCGAAUGGCAUUAGAGUUGAAGCAAAAGGAAUUUUCUGCUGACUAAGGCCAAGUGACAUGUAGUCAAACUUCAUUUUUGCCAGUACUAGGUCUUGAUGCAAGAUUUUUUUGUUGUUGGUAAGCUGCUAUUGAUUUUAUCCUGGAGUAUCACAUAAAGAACGGGCAAACUAGGUUGAAAGAUAUGAUGCUGCUGCUUUUAUUGUGUAAACAUAGGUAGUGAUGAUUACAAUUGCUACUUUUUUGAAUUUUGCCUUAUGUGAAAUGCUAUUGUUUAUGCUAGAAGAAUUUUAUGCCAAGGAUCUCUUUUGUAGUUUUCUUAUUAUCAUUGCAUAAAAUCGAUAGUUUGGGUGUUUAAUGUAAUGCCUUCUUUUUUCUCAUGAUAA